UCUCUCCUGCUUUGUUCCCUCCUCACUGUCUCGCACGCAUUGGUUGACGGCGGCCCUCCUCCUGGCCUCAUCCUCAUCCUCUUCUUCCUCUUCCCACCCCUCCGGCCGCACACCCACUCCUAGGUUAAUCCACAGGGGCUUAAAAGGAAACCCCAUGUCCCCCAGGCCAUGGCAUCGCCGGACAGAGCGAGCGGCCCCAGAGAGCCGCAGCUCAGCAUCACCCUGACCCUCCGCAUGCUGAUGCACGGCAAGGAGAUCGGCAGCAUCAUCGGCAAGAAAGGAGAGACAGUAAAGAGGAUACGGGAGCAGAGCAGCGCGCGCAUCACCAUCUCGGAGGGCUCCUGCCCCGAGCGCAUCACCACCAUCACCGGCUCCACCGACGCCGUCUUCCGCGCCGUCUCCAUGAUAGCCUUCAAGCUGGAGGAGGACCUGGGGGAUGGGACGGCGGCAGGAAGGACACCGGUGACGCUGCGUCUUGUCAUCCCAGCCAGCCAGUGCGGCUCGCUCAUCGGCAAGGCGGGCACCAAGAUCAGGGAGAUCCGGGAGAGCUCAGGGGCUCAGGUGCAGGUGGCUGGCGACCUGCUGCCCAACUCCACAGAGCGCGCCGUCACCGUCUCGGGGGUGCCGGACACCAUCAUCCAGUGUGUGAGGCAGAUCUGUGCCGUCAUCCUGGAGUCGCCUCCUAAGGGGGCCACCAUCCCCUACCACCCUGGGCUCUCCCUGGGUACCAUUCUGCUCUCUGCCAACCAGGGUUUCUCCAUGCAGGGGCAAUACAGCGGGGUCUCUCCGGCAGAAGUCACAAAACUGCAGCAAAUGUCGGGGCACACCAUCCCCUUCCCACCACUGGGCCACCCGCCCUCCAUGGUUCCAGGGCUGGACUCAAACUCCCAAAGCAGCUCUCAGGAGUUCCUGGUGCCCAAUGAUCUGAUCGGCUGCAUCAUCGGCCGGCACGGCAGCAAGAUCAGUGAGAUCCGGCAGAUGUCGGGCGCCCACAUCAAGAUUGGGAACCAGACCGAGGGCUCCAGUGAGCGGCACAUCACCAUCACGGGGUCCCCCGUCAGCAUCACGCUGGCUCAGUACCUCAUCACCACCUGCUUAGAGACGGCCAAAUCUACCUCCCAGGUGCCACUCGGCCCUGGCUCCGUGGAUCUCGGUGUGGGCUUCUCGCAGCCGCUCGCUCCGGGCUCCAGCGCAGCACUGCCUGCUGUCCCUGCCACCCCCCCGGCUCUGCUGGGCACCCCCUAUGCCCUCUCUCUCUCCAACUUCAUCGGCCUGAAGCCGCUCUCCUUCCUGGCGCUGUCCCCAUCCUCUGCGGCAGGUGCCAAUGGUGGCACUGCCACCUACACGACCAAGAUCUCGGCGGCCAACGGCACCAAGAAAGCUGAUCGGCAGAAGUUCUCGCCCUACUGAACCCCUCUGUGGGUGAACAAGGGAGGUCCUGGUGCCACCUGGUGCCAAGGACACCCCUUGUCCUCCAUCCCUCCCCCAGUCGUCCCCCCAGCAUCCCAUGCCGAGGGGAGGGGGGCCCAGAAGUGAUGGCCUCUGGAGCAAAAAGAGUUGCUCCAAUGCCCAUCCUGGCAGCACUGUGUCCCCUCUCCCCCCCAGACUUGCUAUGGUAUGGGUAGGAGGGCUGUCCCUGCUGGGGGGGGGGGACAUCCUCCAACUCCCUGGUGUCCUUUGUCCCUACCUUUAUCCACACUGCUGUCCCUCUCCUGCCAUCCCCAACCCUCUGGGCUGAACCCCAGAGCUGCUGAGGGGCUGCCUGGCCUCUAUGGUGUUCCCCCAUCCCCUGGCUGUGUCAGGGGGACUUUCCCCUGGGCAGUCACCUCCCUCCCAGCAACCCCCAAGAGCCUGCUGGCUUGGAAAUGCUGUAUAUAUAAGUCUAUAUUUUUCCUCCUUUGUAACUUAUCAAUGGUUUAAUAAAAAGAUCAAAUUUA